AUGGCGUCUUGUUUUGGUGGGCAGCUGCCUGUAUCCAGGAUCGUGUGCAUUGUGGCCAGACACGUGCCGUUCUCCAGGAAGCAAGAUGCCAUUCCUCUGGGGAAACUGGUCCUUCUUUCCAGUGUGGUGGCCAGUGGGAGCUGCACCCUUAUAUAUUACCUUAUACGAAAAGCUUCUUCCAGGGCUUCCUAUUACCAGCUAGCAUUGGAGCAGCUGCACAGCUACCCCAAGGCCCUGGCGGCUCUGGGCCCUCUGCUUGUCCAUUAGCUCCACCUCACCGACAAGUACAGCUUCUUUGACAUUGCCGAUGCCCAGUUGAAGAUUCCAGUCUCUGGAACCAAGUUAGAGGGCCAUAACUAUGUCAGAUCAUCCAGAGAUGCCCCCUUUCAGAGGUAUUAUGGGAAGGUGGCACCUUCAGAAGGUCUUAAAUCUCAAGGGUGGUCAGCAGAUUCCCGUGUUUAAGCUCAGCAGGGACACUGGUCAUGAAGGAGGACAGGUGAUCAAAACGACUCUGCUUUCUCCAAGAGUGGCCUCCCCUCCUCACCGGGUCCCUCCAGGGCCUUGAGCCGGGUGUCCAGCACCAGGGGUGACUGUAUGUGCUGGCAUGUGGUAAUUUUGGUAUAAUGUUAAUUUGACCACGGUUAUUGCGGGUUUUUAAUUUAAUCAAAAAUGGACAUUUUACUAUAAGUUUAUAAGAAUUUAUCUGCAAAUUCACUGUCUAAAAGCAAAGCACAGAGUAGAAGGAAUCAGUUUUAA